AUAACUUUUUUUUUAUCCACCUGGCUAAUUACAGCUGAACUCGUCGCCCACUUGUUCUACCGUACCUGCACUGCAGUGUGGUUCAGAAAACCAAAACCAGAACAAAAGAAAACAUGAUUUCCUCUCUCAGAAAAGCGAUUUUUCUCUCCCUUAUUCGCACUCCUUGCCAUUAAAAUCCAAACCGAAAUAAAGGAAACCCUAAUUUCAUUAGAAGAUGAAACGAGGUCGUAAACCUAAGAAUCCAGUACCAGAAUCACCAGUUAACAAUGUUGAAGUUGCCAAUGAUACUGAAGAAGCAGAAGAACCUGUUUUCGCAGAAGAACAUCUUGAUUCUUUAGUUCGUAGAGGAAGAGGAAGACCACCUAAGAAGAAAUCCCGCCAAAAUUCUGAUACUCCUGUUUUAAGAAGAAAUGAAAACAAUGGUGUUUGUUCACCCAAACCUAAUAAUAACAUAUCAUCCUCAUCUGUUCGUGUUGGUAUACUUAGUGAAUUGAUACCACUUAAUGUUACAAAACUUGUUUCGUCUAUGGAUGCAGUUGUUAAGGUAUUUUGUGUACAUACAGAACCUAAUUUUUCAUUACCAUGGCAGAGGAAAAAACAGUAUAGUUCAAGUAGUAGCGGGUUUAUUAUUGCUGGGCGUAGGGUUUUGACGAAUGCCCAUUCUGUUGAACAUCAUACUCAAGUGAAGCUUAAGAAACGCGGGUCAAAUACAAAAUAUUUAGCUACUGUGCUUGCAAUUGGGAAUGAAUGUGAUCUAGCAAUGCUGACAGUUGUAGAUGAUGAGUUCUGGCAAGGUGUAUCACCGGUGGAGUUUGGAUUUUUGCCUGCUCUCCAAGAUGCUGUUACUGUUGUGGGAUAUCCCAUUGGGGGAGAUACAAUAUCAGUGACGAGUGGUGUUGUGUCACGCAUUGAGAUUUUUCCUUAUGUACACGGGUCAACUGACCUGUUGGGACUCCAGAUAGAUGCAGCCAUUAAUUCAGGAAAUUCCGGGGGUCCGGCUUUUAAUGACGAGGGCAAUUGCGUGGGUAUUGCAUUUCAGUCACUUAAACAUGAAGAUGUGGAGAAUAUUGGCUAUGUCAUACCAACACCUGUGAUUACACACUUCAUUCAAGAUUAUGAGAAAAACGGAGAAUAUACUGGAUUUCCAAGUCUUGGAGUGGAGUGGCAGAAGAUGGAAAAUCCUGACCUGCGCAUGGCUAUGGGGAUGAAUACCAAUCAGAAAGGUGUUCGCAUCAGAAGAAUUGAACCUACUGCUCCUGCAUACAAGGUCCUGAAGCCAUCUGAUAUUAUCCUCAGUUUCGAUGGAGUUGAGAUUGCUAACGAUGGGACAGUUCCAUUCAGUCAUGGGGAGCGUAUUGGUUUGAGUUACCUUAUUUCCCAGAAAUAUACUGGUGAAAAUGCAUCAGUUAAAGUUCUUCGGAACUCAAAGAUUCUUGUAUUCUACAUACGGCUUGGAACUCACAAACGGCUAAUUCAGGCACACAUCAAAGGAAAGCCUCCUUCCUAUUUCAUUAUUGCUGGAUUCGUCUUUACAACUGUAUCGGUUCCAUAUCUUAGUUCUGAGUACGGGAAGGAUUAUGAGUACGACGCACCAGUCAAGUUGUUGGAAAAACUUUCGCAUGCAAUGGCUCAAACAGAAGAUGAACAGCUCGUGGUGGUCUCUCAGGUGCUUGUGGCUGAUAUCAAUAUUGGGUAUGAGGAGAUAGUCAAUACACAGGUUCUUGCUUUCAAUGGUAAACCUGUAAAAAAUUUGAAGGAGUUGGCGCAAAUGGUGGAGAAAUGCAACAGUGAAUUUUUAAAAUUUGAACUAGACUACCAACAGAUAGUGGUCCUACAAGCUAAAGCUGCUAAAGCGGCAACACAAGAUAUUCUUACUAAAAACUGCAUACCUUCAGCAGUGUCUGAUGAUCUCAAGACAUGAUAGGGUAGGAUAUGUGACUUUUCCUUUUUCUUGCGUAGUAAUUGGGUGGAAGAUGUCAUCUCAAUCUUGCAACCGAUUUCUUUUUUCUGGGGAUCAUGAAUUCUGUGCUUAGCAAACUACUUUGUUGUAUACAGUUGACUAAUCUUAAUCUAAAUCUAAGAAAAAACUGUCA